AUGGUGUCUGUGGAUCUUCUCCAUGUGCUUACGGUCUGCGUGCGAGGGGCGCUGGCGGCCCAGCGGUACAUUGCGCUGGAACUACUGAAGGUGCAGGAGCUUGAAACGCAGCUGCCCGCUCUCCCCAUCAUGGAUCAGGACCCACAAACAAAGAAGGUUCUGUUAGCAUUGCUGCACCAGGCGGUAACCGUCAAAGUGAAGGAGCAGUUGAGCAACAAGGAGGACGCCGCCGCCAUGGACCUUGUGACCACGGCAGAUGUCGUGACGCAGGCCGUCGUGGAACAUGUUUUGCGGGACGCAUUCUCUGAUAUGCCCUUCACAAUUGUCGGGGAGGAAGAAGUGGCAAGCGUAUCUGUGAAAUCUCUGGCGGAACGCUGUGUGGAGAAGUAUUAUAGGGAACUCACCUUGGUGCCGUAUCAGACGGAGCUUGAGGCCCACGCAUGCCGCAUGGGUAGUCAAGUGACUGCGACAACAUGGAAGGAACUGCGCGAGAGGGUUGGUGUGUUUAUUGAUCCCAUUGACGGGACAAACUGUUUUGUUGAGGGACUGUGGGAAGUUCCACUGACACUUGUGGGUCUUACUCUCGAUGGUGUUCCGGUCGCCGGGGUAGUGAACCGCGUGUUUGGCUUCAGCGUGGCACAAAUGAUCUCUGAAAACAGCAGUAGGAGCAGCACAAGUCUUUCGUAUGUGUGGAACUUUGGAUUAAAAGAACCUUUUAUUGUGCAUGAGGGUAGGCGCGUGGUACCCGCUGCCACCUACAAAAUUGUAUCUGCGAACAGCGUGCUGCGUGUAAUUGGUUCCAGUACAACGAAGAGUCAGUGCUUUGCUGAUGUACUUGAGAAGCUUUUUCCCAUUGAGAUGCAUGGUGCAAGAGGCGCGGGUAACAAACUGAUGUUUCUUAUUUCAUCGAUGCUCGCAGGGUCGCCUUCUGUGCAGAGUUGCGAUGUAUUCAUCUCACCAGAAGACACCAUCAAGAAGUGGGACACGUGCGCCCCUCACGCGUUUAUUGUGGCUCUCGGUGGGGAGCUGCACACAUUGCGGGGCGAUGUGGUGCGAUACUCGCUGCACGGAAAAGAUCUCGCAAGACUUUCCUCUGGGGUUUUGGGAGUCUCGCGCCGCUCCAAACUGGAGGUCGCACGGCGCAUAAAAUGGUCUUCUUCAUCCCUUUAA